AUGGAUUAUUCUCCUCCCUUUGUUAGGGAAAAGGUGAUUGAAGAACUUGUUAAGGGUCGUGGAUUUGCUGCUCAGCUUCAACUUGUCCUCCAUCAACAACUCACUGGAUCAUCUGGUCAUGUGUCAGCCACGGCAGAGGAUUUGGUAACCAAGAUAUUGAGAUCCUUUACAGAGGCUCUUUCAAUACUGAGUUAUAGUGAGUCCGGCAAGGUCCCUGCGACUUCGCCGCCGCCGCCGCCGCCGCCUUGUCGGGAUCAAAAUCGAAAGCGAUCUAAGAGAAGAUACGUACAAGAGACAUGGACGAGGAUUACGGCUGUGCCUAUUGAAGAUGGUUAUGCUUGGCGAAAAUAUGGACAGAAAGAGAUCCUGAAUGCCAAACAUCUAAGGUGCUACUUUAGGUGCAGCUAUAGAUUUGAUCAAGGUUGUCAAGCAACAAAACAAGUUCAAAGAACAGAAGAUGAGCCACCAACAUUCUGGACCAAAUACACAGGCCACCACACUUGUCAAGAUAUCCUUAAAGCGUCAUUAUUGGGAAUGGAUUCUACAGCUGAAGAAGGUGUUCUACUCAGUUUUAAUUCAAACACCACAACCAAACAAGAACCUGCUCAUUUCUUCUCAUCCUUCCCUUCAAGCAAGGAAGAACACAAGAAACCCAUUAUUCCCUCAAUAGAACAACAAGAAUACAAACCUUCCUCAUCAUCAGAAUAUUAUCUUCCAGUACCACAGGAUCCUACAUCGGCGUUACCAUCGACUUCGAAGUCGUCGGGCCAUGGGGAAUUUGUUUCAGGGGGUACUACCAGCAGUAGCUCUUCCAGCAGCUUGGACAUGGAUAUGGAGUUGAUGGAUUCUGUUUGUCUUAAUGAUGUAUUCUAUGAUGAAGAGUUGUUUUAG